AUGCGACUUAUCAAUUGCCGGACGCUGUUGCUAGAAGAAUUCGUAGACCAUAGGCAGGUCGAAUAUGCCAUUUUGUCUCAUACGUGGGAAGAGAACGAGGAAGUCUUGUACAAUGACUUCUCAGGUGACCUGGCAAAGUCGAAAGAAAAGAAAGGUUGGAGAAAGAUCGAGCAAGUCUGUCGUCUAGCACAAGACGACGGCCUUAAUUUUGCCUGGAUCGACACAUGCUGCAUUGACAAGUCAAGUAGUGCUGAGUUAUCGGAAGCGAUUAAUUCGAUGUUCGUUUGGUACCGUGAUGCCAAGGUUUGCUAUGCUUAUCUGGCUGACCAUGAUUCUUUGGAUCAUAGCGCUCAGAUGAAAGAUUCAAGGUGGUUCAAGCGAGGUUGGACACUUCAAGAGCUGAUUGCUCCAACCAGUGUCCGUUUCUACGACCGGGACUGGAACUUGAUCGGGACAAAAGCAGACUUGUACCGGGAUUUGGAGGGAAUCACUGGCAUUGGACAGGAGAUCUUACAUCAACCAAAUCAUAAUUUGGAACAAAUGCUUGAGAGCAUGCCCAUCGCAAAGAGGAUGUCAUGGGCAUCAAAUCGAGUGACGACUCGAAUCGAGGAUACAGCCUACUGCUUACUGGGUAUCUUUGGCAUCAACUUAGCUCUACUGUAUGGAGAAGGUGCACGAGCUUACACACGACUUCAAGAAGAAAUAGUAAGAAACACAAACGACCUGUCAAUUUUGGGGUGGCAAGCCGAGGGCACAACAGAUCAACCCUCAGUACGUGGUUGUUUUGCCGGUCAUCCAUUCGAGUUCAGGGAGAGUAGUGACGUAGAACAUAUCAACGAGCUCAGAUUCGCACCUGAUUUUGCACUUACUAAUAAAGGUCUUAAACUUCACACACUGCUGCAUUAUGACCAAAAAAGUCAUUUGUGCUUCUUGGAAUUGAAUUGUUUCGAGUCGAAACACUCUAAUAUGAGACUCGCAAUCUACCUGCAACAUCAGGGUGCGGGUGUCUAUGUCAGAGCAUUACCUGAUAGUGUAGCUAAGUGGAACGAACGGGUGCUGAGAAACAAUGCAAUUGAUAAAUAUGCGGAGAACAAGCAGUUUUUUUUCACCAAAAGCCUCGAUCCAGGUCUCAUAAGGUCCUCCCCCGGCUUGCAUGGCCACGAUUUCCUCAUCAAUGAAUUUAACAGCGCAUUCACUAAUGAAGAACGAGCUCCCCAGAACCUAUGUGACACUGCGACUGGGCUGUGGAUCACACAGGGUCUGCACGACUUCGUUGGAGGCCAGCUUACAAUUUUCAAAAGAGAUCCACUUAAAUUCAAAAAAUUCUGGCUGCUCUUUGGCUUCGGCUAUGGCUAUGAGCCAUGGGUCAGCGUCUCGCCUGCUUCCGAACUUCUGUCGAUGAGGAUAAAGGCAUGUAAUUGGAGGCAGCUCGCAGAUUAUGCGUAUCUUCCGUCUCCGUGCAGAACCCUCAAGGUUAGCUUUGCUUCAGGAAAGAAGCAUUACGUUCACGCUGGGCUUAAGAAAAUCGUGUAUUACGGUGAGGAAAUCCAUGAAAUAGAGAUGCGCCUAUCAGUGGAUAAGACGUUUCCGCAAGACUUGCAGACGAACGGGUCCAACACUGAUUAG